GUUCUACCUCUGGACACAUACCAGCUCUUACCAUGCCGCACAAGAACGGUGCACUCAAUAAGGAGACCGAUGUGGCGCAGCUUGCCAUCUCUCCCAAUCUUCCCGCCCACCUCCCCUUGCUCCUGAGCCAGAUCCAUGCCCAAGGGAAGGAAUACCUCGACGCAAACCCCCAAACACGGAUAGACUUGCUCGAGAGCGCCCGAUCUCUCGUGUAUGCACUCGAAACCCCCCGGGAGGCGAUACUCAGACACUGCUGGUCCGAGACAACCAGCUACGCCGCCAUCGAGACCGGAAUCAACGUCGGUCUCUUCACGGCGCUCGGCACGACCGACCAAGCCACGACCGUCGCCCAGCUCGCCAAAACCACAGAUGUCGACCCGGUCCUUCUCGGCCGCCUAAUCGAACACCUCGCCGCAAUGGGCGUCCUCCUCGAAACCGGCAAAGACUCCUACCAACCCACGGGCUUCUCCAAGACCCUAACCGAGCAAAAAUACAGCGACGCCUUUCCGCUCAUGACCACUCGCCUCACCCAAGGCUUCCUCGCGCUCCCAGCCUUCCUCGCCCAAACCCACUACGCCAACCCCACCAGCCCCACCGAAACCGCCUUCCAACUCGGCCACCGCACCAGCCUCAACUUCUUCGAGCACGUCCAGCGCGAGACCGACACCGCCCGCCGCUUCAACAACCACAUGGGCGUGUACGCGCAGGGCCGGCCACGCUGGAUGGAUCCGGGCUUCUACCCGGUGCCGCAGCAGCUGGUCGAGGGGGCCGUCCCCGCCAUCGGGGACGAGGGCGUGUUGCUGGUCGACGUCGGCGGGAGCUUCGGGCAUAAUCUCCUCGACUUCCGCCGGAAGUGGCCCGAUGUGCCGGGUCGGUUGGUGCUGCAGGAUCUGCCGGAGGUGGUGGCGUCCGUGGCGGGGGAGGUGCGGGAGCUGGGGGUGGAGACGAUGGGGUAUGAUUUCUUUACGGCGCAGCCUGUUAUCGGCGCCCGCGCAUACUAUCUGCAUUCGAUCCUGCACGACUGGCCGGAUGAUCUCUGCCGGAGGAUUCUGGCCAAUCUGACGGCCGCCAUGACGCCGGGGUACAGUAAGUUGCUCAUCAAUGAGAAUGUCAUCCCGGAUACGGGGGCGUAUUGGGAGACGACGAGUUUGGAUUUCAUCAUGAUGAGUAUUGGGCCUGGGGAGCGGACGGAGAGUCAGUGGCGGGGGUUGUUGGAGGGGUGGGGUUGA